CCCAAGACCUUUUCAACGUUCCUUUUACCCCCAAAACCGCCCCCGAUUUUCUUCCAGCCCCCAAAACCAAUCCCCAGGCGUAACGCCGUUUAAACCCCGCUCGAAAUGCCCAAAAUACCCUUACGUUUAAAAUUCCCCGUUAUGAGUUACCUCCUCGUCCGUACCCUGUCAUCUCUCUCUUCUGCAAGCAAACCGACUCCAGAAACCCAAUUCAAAACCCUAGCCCUAAAUCAACCGACCCCAACUCAAACCGAAUCAAAGCAAAGGGAUCAAAAUGGCCGGCGAUUCAACCCCCAAAGCCAACCUCAAUGCCGACCACAGCGAAAGCGAUUACGCCCAGCGGUUCGAAAUCUCAGAAAGAGCCCAGACAACUGCAGUGCGGGCUGAAUCUGAAGCUCGGGCUGCGAUUGGUGAUGUUCUAGAGGACAUCGCAACCAGCCAUUCUCAUCCCAGAAGCCCGCCUCAAAAUUUAAGUGUAGGCCCACGCGAAGGUCUAGAGGGCAGCACCGGCACCACCGGCGCGUCCAACGAUGCCACUAGAGCGCUCCUUGGUCUACAGAGAGGAGAAGAAGAGAAGCACGUGGCAGCACCCAAAAGAAAAAGGGCAAAGCCAGCUAUUACGUUGCGGCCCACCGCCAGCUUCGGUGCCUAUCACGACUUCAUGCAGAAUUUGGUGACGCGUAUGGGGCCAAGGCAUUUUGCGGCCUACGAAGAUAGUGUAUUCAGACACUACGUCCAAUUUGGCCCACCUGGCGUCGAUCUUCCCACCUUUGAGCACAUUUUGAGUCAGUGGGACAAGAAGAGCAAAAAAUUCGUCUUCACCGAUAGGAAUGAUGGAGAAGAGAUCCCAUGCUCAUUCAACCUUGAGUGGGUAAUGGAGCAUACAUGGUUCUCCAAUGAGGGGCUUCAUGUUGACCACAAUCGGGACAGGAAAAAUAGGAUUUGGUCCAGGUUCUUUGACAAACCCGAGGCGGGGGGUUCCAGCAGUAUAGCUCCCCCCAAAGGAGGCCCCACCAGACGCAAUGUGGAGGACCUGCUCUUGAAGCUGGUACUAUCUUCUGAUCGCCGAGAUGUGAAGGACUUUGUCCUGCUACAGAUCCUCUAUCAGCUGAGCAUGAUUUGGUGUCCAAGCAGUGUUUCCGGCGUUCCUAGGCAUUUAUUCAAGUACGUCGACAGCAUCGAACAGGUCAACAACACUGCUUGGGGGACCUAUAUAUUCAGUGAGACAUCUGACGCGAUAGAGAGGGCACUGAAGGGUCCUGAGCCAGGGAAGACGACAUUAUAUCUGCAAGGGUGUACCCCUCUAGUUUGUUUGUGGUAUUAUGAACUCACCGGCAUCAAGAAGCCAGCACUUGGUUGUACGGUGAGGCCUCCCCUGACAAAUUGGGUGAGACUUGGGCACGUUGCUGGUUCUUUGAGAUUGGCCACUGUUGUUGCGAAAGCAAGCAAAGCUACGAUAAAGCUUCCACAGCAACAUGGACAACUUCAAAGAAUCGAGGGAGGUUUUUGGGGGAAGGAGCAGGGGAUAGAGAAAGAGAAGAGGAGAGAGAGAGAGAAGAGGAGGAUUAAGGGUCCGGCUGCAGUAGAUGCCGGCAGGGCUCGUGGCCCAAUAGACCUUCUAUUCAGCUGCAUCAAUGUGUGA